AUGAAUUAAUCUGAUGAGGCUGAAGUAAUAUCAUAUACUUUUAUAGAUAACCCUUUAAGUAUGCGAUCCAAAAGUAAUAUCAGGAAUAAAUAAAUAUGUUGUUUACACAGUGAAAGGAAUGGAUAAAAAUGGAUAAUUUGAUGUUUAGAGAAGAUUUAGUGAUUUUAAAACUAUUCGGCAAUUUCUAUUGACUAAAUGGCCAGGGUGCUAUAUACCACCUGUACCACCAAGAAAAGCAUUUGUAUUAGAUUUUAUUAAGCGGGUUAGGGUAAUAUGGAAUAAUAAUUUAUUGAUGAAAGAAGGCUGAUGCUUGAAGAUUUUUUAAAGAAAAUAGCUACUCUGAAAUAUUUAUGGUAUUCAGAAGAGUUUUAGAUUUUCUUAAAAACCCCUGGCGAGAUUGAAAAAGUAUUUUUUGACGUCAUAAAAGGCUUUGUUAUCUAUUCCUAAAAUAACAAAUGAUGAGAUUAUUAAUAAAUAUCAAGAAACAUUUUCAGAAUUAUCAGGAGUAAGCUAAAUAUAAUUAUGUUUAGCGAGAAAUUAAUAGAGAGAUUAUUUAGAAAAUUAAUGAUUUUAAAGCAUUUAUUAAAAAAGUUUAGCCAAUGGUAUAGAAUUUUAAAUAAAUUGCAAAAAACAUUGCAGAAGCUAAAUAAUCUUAUUAAAUCUUCUUAAUAGAUUUCAUAAUCAGAGUAAUUCCAUAAUAUGAAAAUAAUGUUUUAUUGGAAAAUGCUGAACAAAAAGAAAAACUUCUAUUUGCAAAUAUAAUAUAAAAUGAAGAAGUUAAAGGUUUAAUUGAUUAAUAUGUAAUUAUUAUGAUUAAUAUUCAAGUGUGAUCUAUUGAAGGAUCCUAAAUUAUAUUAGCUAUAUUAGGAAGUACGAAAAGAAGGGAAAUAAUUGAAAGUAAUUUAAUGAUACUAAAAAAGGCAUUUCUUGAAACAUUUUCAGAAAGAGAGAAGUAUGAGUUAUAGAAAUCAAAUGCAGAAUAGCGAUAAAAAGAAUUAGAGUUAGAAUUGUAAGAGGUCUUAGCAGGCAAGACUACUAUUAGAACCUUGUUUAAUAAAGGAAAAAAAGAAGAAAAUAUUAUUAAACUUUAAUAACAAAUUGUUGAUGUAGGAAAGGAAAUCGAAAGUUAUCAAUUUAUUUGUGACAUCCUUACUGUACUUGUUGGGUAUGUAGAGAUUGAUAAGUUUAAAGUGGAAAAGUAGUAUCAAUAUUAUAGCAUGAUUAAGAAUAUAAUUUCUUAUUAAAUUCAUUUGUCAGAAAUUGAAGAAAAGGUAUGGAGCAAAGUAUUGGAAAGUGAAUAUAUGCAAUAAUGAU